GUCCGCGAACGUCCAGGCAAAAUUCAUUUCGACAACAAUCGUAGACUGUUUUGCAUAUAUUUUUAUAUUUCUUUCAUUCUCCAUAACGUUUGUAAGGUUUUGUCAAAAUUUCUGGAUUCCAAUUUAGUAAGUUAAACACACACAGUGGCGAUAAAUUAAAGUUUGUGAAAUUAACCAACUUAAGGUUGGGAACACUUGGAGGUACAAAUUACACGCACGCCGAGGACUCGAAGAAGAUAACCAUGUCCAAAUUUAGCUCCAACGCUGGGAACCGCCAGUUGAGUACGCGCAGCUCGGAUGUGGAUGCACUGGCUCAGCGGGGCUACAAUGUGGGUCACAAGAUUGGAGAAGGAUCGUAUGCCACUGUCAUUACAGCCGGGUAUGCCGAUGAUGCCGGACACGGCGUACAUUUGGCCUGCAAAAUCAUCGACAAGGCCAAGGCGCCCACCGAUUUCGUGAACAAGUUCUUUCCGCGCGAACUGGAGAUCCUCACCAAAAUCGAUCAUACCAACAUUAUACAGAUCCACAGUAUCCUGCAGCGCGGUCCUAAGAUCUUCAUCUUCAUGCGCUAUGCGGAGAACGGAGAUUUGCUGUCGCACAUCAAGAAAACGGGUCCCAUCGAUGAGAAGCAGUCGAAGAUCUGGUUUCUGCAGAUGGCCAAGGCACUGAAGUAUCUGCACAACCUGGACAUCGCCCAUCGGGAUUUGAAGUGCGAGAACAUCCUUCUCUCCAAGCGGCUCAACAUCAAGCUGGCCGACUUCGGGUUCGCUCGCUAUUGUCGCGACGACAGUGGGCGGGAGAUGAAAUCGGAGACGUACUGCGGAUCGGCUGCCUAUGCCGCACCGGAAGUGGUUUGCGGACGACCCUACGACCCCAAAUUGGCAGACGCCUGGUCCCUGGGCGUCAUCCUGUUCAUCAUGAUGAAUGCCAAGAUGCCGUACGAUGACAGCAACUUGACCAAAUUGCUGGAGGACCAGCGCAACCGCAAGUUUGCCUUCCGCCGGAAGCUGCAGGAUUUGAUUUCAGCCCAGGCGAAGGCUACAGUUUCGGUGCUUCUGGAGCCAGAUGCGCUGGCCCGCUGGAAUUUGCGCGAAAUCCUCAACUGCGCCUGGCUGCGAUCCGUCGAAGACUCGCAGCCAGCUUCACCCUAAAAUGUUGU